AUGGCUCAACAAAAGAAAAAUUUCGGACUUUACCUUGGAGUAGCUACAGUAAGCGGGAUUGGCUAUUACUUGUACCAAAGUGGGGGUGACUCAAAGGCUGCAAAGAAACAACUAAAGGAUGACCUCUCUCAUGCCUCAGACAGGACUAAGUCUAAGCUACCAGACCAAAAUAGUGACCCCCGCAAGCUUGGAGAGAAGUGGGCAACAAAGGCAGGCGAGGAAGUUGACCAUGUCAUUGACAAGGGACGUGCUGAACUUGCAAGGGCUGAGGACAAGAUUAGCGGGUAUGAAAAGGAAGCGGGGAAAAAGAUCGACGAGACCGACCAUAGGAUUGAAGAAAAUGCAGCAGCAGCUAAAAGUGGGCUCGCCGGCUGGCUUGGGGGAAAAUGA